CCACCAGCAAUGGAUGACAGAACUAAAAUAAAACAAAAACUAUAUAAAUGAAAAAAAUAUACACAUAAUUUAAGUCUAAGCAAUAUUUAUUCUGAUUGAGUGAGAGGAAAUACAAAAAUCCAACAGUGCGCGAAAAAUAAUCGAAAAUCGAACACUGCGUGAAAUAAUCUUUUAUAGUAAGACUCUAAAAACCCGAAACAAAUAUUACUAAAGCAAUGAAAAAAGGCUUAAAACAUGAACUCAACCAAAAACAAACUGCACAAAAUAAACUAUAAGCAUUAAACAAUAAUGAUGACGAGGAGAGAUAUUUCAAAUAUGUUGUAUAUAUUUUAAAAUAUAUUCAAACGAUGUAAAACUGUGUACCCCAUUGGGCGACAAAAGAUUUUAAAAUCAGUUUUAAUACGCAGCAACAACCGAAGGAAAUCAAUUGGAAUACAAAUUUUCUAUCAUAUAGAAAAUAUACUUAACGUAAAUUGUUAUAAAAAAGCAGCGAAUGCCGCUUACAUUUUCAAUAAGCUGUCAAAACACGCACAAGAUUGAUAUAAUAAAUACCAAGGAAAAUAAAAGAUAUAUUGUGGAAAUUUGUUCACGCAGAUUUAACUGAAUCAUUCGAUCCACUUGAUACAUAGUCGUACAUAUGCAUAAUCCGAUAAACUCAUCUAACUAAGUAAUAAUCAUUAUUGAGCUCAAGUUACUGGCAUUACAUUCAUAAAAUCUCAAUAAGUCACUGGAGACUAAUUUGAUAAAGUAUUUGAAACAGAGAAAAAACCAAGUUUAAUGAAUAAAACAAUAAAUGGAGCAUUUUUAAUAACAAUUAUUCACCUAGAUCAACUAACUAUUUAUAUACCAAUUGGAUCGCCUAAUAAUAUUGAAUGCAAAAUUAAAAGGAAAGAUAAAAGAGCCAACAAUUUUGGGACACAGCAAAGAGGAGCAACACCAGAAUAAUAGCAAAGCCAAAUGCUACGAAGCACUGCCAUAUACAACUGCAAGUGAUUGCACGGCGAGGACUCGUCAUUUACAAAUAAGAACAUACACAAAUAUAGGAUAAGAAGCAACUGGAGUAGAGGAAAUUUUUACAAAAUCAGAGACUACGGACAACUUGAGAGGCAAGAGGCAAAACACUGGAAGAAAAGCAACAGCAGCAGCAGCAGCAAGAGCAACAUCAACCAAUUAGGAACUUGUUUUUAAAAGAUCUCACAACAGCAACAACAAAAAACACGAAAAGUGUAAUAAUUUACAAGACUCUGUGUCUCACACUUUUGAAGCCAAAGGAGAAGCAAAAGCAUAAGGCAAAAGCACAAGCACAAAACCGACGCUAAAGUGUAAACUUUUAUAAUAGGCAAACAAAAGAAAAAGCAAAUAAAACGCUCUUAGGGUUGUAAAGGAAACGAGCAAACAAGAGGAAAGCCAUAAUAAUAUUGCAGUGGUUGGCAAACAAUAAAACACAUACUCGCCAUAUUGAUAAAAGCAAAAACGUUGAGAAUCUCAUAGUAUUAGAAAGUAUUAAGGACAACCAAACCAAAGCGAACAAAGUCGGGGAAAAUGUAAGCUGCAGCAGCUGGAUAAGGCAGAAGAAAUCCCUAAAUUAAAUUAUUAUAAUCUAGUGGAGGGAGCAGUGGAGGGCAGAAACAUAUCCGCUGGCAACAUCCAACACGAGAGAGACUAUGAAAAAUGCACAACUGAAGCUGAGUGACGUUGACGAUGAUGAUGAGCUGUGGCUGGCAGUCAGAUUAGCGCAGUGCAGCAACAGCAGCAGAAGCAGGAGCAACAAAAACAACCAGCAACUUUCCCAACUGCAACUAAGGAGCUUAAGUAAAAAAAACUACAGCACUGUAGCACGGCAAAAUGUAGCCUGCAAAGCGAGCAACAAUGGACAGCAACAGUCGCUAGGCAGCAACAUGUUGUCGCCACAGGCAGCUGCUGCAGUGGCAGUGGGAGCAGCAGCACCAGGAGCAACAAAAGAAACAGUUUCUACCGGCAAUCAUGCAACAACCCAACAACAGACAAACAUAAGACUGUGCGCACGCAAGCGACAAAGAAUGCGUCGACGACGAAAAAGAAAACCAGAAAUAGUAUCAGAAGCAGCAGAAGCAGAAUUUGCACAGGAAUUCACAACAGCAACACAAACAAAAACAAAAACAGAAACAGAAAUAGUAGAAACAUCUAGCAAUAUCAACAUUAGCAACAAUUUAUGGCCAAUAGCAACCUACAUGCAGUGCCGCAGCAGCAACAAUCCAUCAAUAAUGCCUGACAUUUCGCCAGCAACAUUCAGCUGCUUGCUCCAAGUGUUGUUCGUGAGCGUGCAACAGCGAGCGGAAGUCCUGCUUAGAGGAAUCGUAAGCUGCACCACCGUCAUCAUUUCCUACUUAAACAGGAUUGCAACACUGCUGAGAAGAAGAGGCAGUCAGAGCAGCAGCAACCAAAGCAACAGCAACAGCAGCAGCAGCAGCAGCAGCCACAGCAGCAGUGCGAAAAUAAUUAACGGACUUAAUAAACACUCAUGGAUAUUUUUAUUGAUAUAUUUGAAUUUAUCUGCUAAAGUUUGCCUAGCAGGAUAUCAUGAAAAGAGACUGUUACAUGAUCUUUUGGAUCCAUAUAAUACACUAGAACGUCCCGUUCUCAAUGAAUCGGACCCGUUACAAUUAAGCUUUGGUUUAACUUUAAUGCAAAUUAUUGAUGUGGACGAGAAAAAUCAAUUGCUUGUCACGAAUGUGUGGCUGAAACUGGAGUGGAACGACAUGAACCUCCGCUGGAACACCUCCGACUACGGGGGAGUGAAGGAUCUACGCAUACCGCCGCAUCGCAUCUGGAAGCCGGACGUGCUGAUGUACAACAGCGCCGACGAGGGAUUCGACGGCACCUACCAGACUAAUGUCGUGGUGAGGAACAACGGGUCGUGUCUGUAUGUGCCGCCGGGAAUCUUUAAGUCGACAUGCAAGAUAGAUAUCACGUGGUUUCCCUUUGACGAUCAGCGUUGCGAGAUGAAGUUCGGCAGCUGGACCUAUGAUGGAUUUCAGCUGGAUUUACAAUUACAAGAUGAAACUGGCGGUGAUAUCAGCAGUUACGUGCUCAACGGCGAGUGGGAACUACUGGGUGUUCCAGGCAAGCGUAACGAGAUCUAUUACAACUGCUGCCCGGAACCGUAUAUAGAUAUAACCUUUGCCAUCAUCAUCCGCCGAAGAACGUUAUACUACUUCUUCAAUCUGAUUAUACCCUGUGUGCUGAUUGCUUCAAUGGCUCUGCUGGGAUUCACUCUGCCACCGGACUCGGGUGAAAAAUUAUCACUGGGUGUUACAAUCCUGCUCUCGCUGACCGUGUUUCUCAAUAUGGUUGCCGAGACUAUGCCGGCCACAUCCGAUGCGGUGCCUUUGUUAGGUACAUAUUUCAAUUGCAUAAUGUUUAUGGUAGCUUCAUCCGUUGUGUCAACGAUUUUAAUAUUAAAUUAUCAUCAUCGAAAUGCUGAUACGCACGAAAUGUCCGAAUGGAUACGCAUCGUAUUUUUAUGCUGGCUGCCAUGGAUAUUACGAAUGAGUCGCCCGGGACGACCACUGAUUCUGGAGUUCCCGACCACGCCCUGCUCGGACACUUCGUCUGAGCGCAAGCAUCAGAUACUCUCCGAUGUCGAGCUGAAAGAGCGCUCCUCGAAAUCACUGCUGGCCAAUGUUCUGGACAUCGAUGAUGAUUUUCGCCACAAUUGUCGCCCCAUGACGCCAGGCGGAACACUGCCGCACAACCCAGCCUUCUAUCGCACGGUUUAUGGACAAGGCGACGAUGGCAGCAUUGGACCAAUUGGCAGCACUCGAAUGCCAGAUGCGGUCAGUCAUCACACGUGCAUCAAAUCAUCAACAGAAUAUGAAUUAGGUUUAAUCUUAAAGGAAAUUCGCUUUAUAACUGAUCAGCUACGUAAAGAUGACGAGUCAAAUGACAUUGCCAAUGAUUGGAAAUUUGCAGCUAUGGUCGUUGACAGACUGUGCCUUAUCAUAUUCACAAUGUUCACAAUAUUAGCCACAAUAGCUGUACUACUAUCAGCACCACAUAUUAUUGUCUCGUAGCCAUAUGGGCGAGGUGGUUAUUGUUAUUGGUUUUAUUAUAAAAUCAAUUUGUUAAUUAUUAAAUUAAUAACGAAAAUUUUUAAGUAAAUUAAAACCAAAAAGAAAACACUAAAAACCACAAAAAAAGAGAAAAACACUUGAUAUAAAUACCAUUGACUAAAUAAUACACAGAAAAAAUGCUUAAAAAAAAAUAAACAAAAUCUUGUCUUUAAAACGCAAUAAUUUAAAUAUAAACAAGUGAACUCGUUUAAAGAAAGUCUUUCGUAAAAAAACACAUACACAACAAGAGACUUAACAAAAAAUCAUGUACUACCAUUGUUUACAACAUUUUUAAUUCCAAUUUUCCUAAUUCUGUAGAAAACAAUAUCUAAAAACUGAUAAUAAAUUAAGUUUAAAAAGAGUACCCCCAAACCUCCUCUCCCCUCUCCCAAACGACAUUAUCUCAUUCUUCCACUGAAUAUACAUACAUAUACACACAUAUAUAUGAAUGCAAGCAAAACGGGUAUAUUUUCCUUUAAAGUUUUUAUAUUUUUUUUAAUAAAGGAGAAUACUUAUUGAUAAAAAAUAGACAGAUUUUCAGAUUUUUUUUUUUGGAUACGCUUGAAAUUAUAUUGCUGUUUUUUGAGAAUUGAAGCAAGAUCCCAACAAUUUUUGGAAGACUUCAUUUUGUGAGCUUUAUAGUGAGAAAUUGUAGAUGAAAAUAAAUUCUAAUAUAAAUAAUUGUACACACUUACUCGGACUAAGUGAAUGUAUGUAUGUAUAGGGGAUUGGAACCAAUGUUUUUGAAUCAACAGAUGAAUAAUAACCAGAUUUGUGGCUAGCCCAUGGAAGUCCCAAAUUCCAAGGAAAACUUUCAGCGAACUUCAUUUAUAGUCACUUAGGGAAAAUACACAAAUUUCGCCUUUCUUCUCCUCUCUAGACAAAAACGCAUUUCUAAAACAGAACCAAUUAACCUAACAUAUCCACUACUACGUAAAUGUAUACCCUCCCCGUUGUAAUUUUUACUUUGAACAGAACCCCAUAGGAUAAACACAAAAACCCAAAAGCAAAUCCAAGCCCAAACCCAAACACAAAUCCCAAAAUCCCCUAAAAGUCCAUUAAACCCAUUAAAGCAAACCAAAACCAAUAGAAUAACCCAUCCAAAUUGGAAUUAGAAAAGAAUUCACAAAAGUUUAACUAAGAAAGAAAAGAAAAACGAGAAAUAUGACGCGAAUGAGAUUUAUCCAGUGAUUUUGAGUGAACCAGCCCAUUGCGCACAGCAGUGGGAAUGUUUCUCAUAGAUGGCAUUCCCUCUAGAUUGGCGCGGCAGCGAGGCAAAAUUGAUCAAAUUUAAUGGCUGCGAGCAAUAAUAUCUGCGUGUUGAUGAAUUGCAUGAUUUUUUGGUGAUGCAAACGAUGAUCGAGCGAAUUAUUGCAUGGACCUAUGCAGGCCUCGUGCAAGAGUUCGCUCAUUCAUCGCAGUGAGAACAGCGAAACAUCGUACACAGUCUAACUUUUGGUAUUGAUAUGAGCUAUUUAUAAUUUAUGAUAUUCAUUUUUGAUUUAAUAUUGAAUACUAAAAGUUUAUACACUGUACAAACACCAGAAGCAAUUCACUACAAACAAAACAAAAGCUGAACAAUGAAUAGGAUAGAGAGGCAAGUCGAACAAAUACGAUUACCGAUAUAUACUCGAUAUAUAAACAUAUAUACCAAUAACAAUGAACAUCACAAGACCAUAGAACUCACAAACAUGCCGGUGCAUGGGUAAUUAUGUGCUUCGCUUUAGUAUUGAGCGCACAAAACAUACAUACUUGAAAACGAACAAGAACAAACAACACAUAUACUCGUAACCCAAGGAGCUUUAUACAAUUAUAUACAUACUCGUAUGAUAGAGGCGAUCUCUGCGAUCGGGAGUCAGUCUAGUCGGACCUAAUCUCUCAUACAUUUGAUACAUACAUAUGUAGAUACAUACUAUGUAAAUCCACUACCAAAUAGUCGAUUGUUGGAUGACUCUUCAAUCCUUAGAGUAUGAUCUUACAGUAUGUUACUGUCCGCUAACUAGCCAAGCACACAAUUUCUACAACAAAACAAAAUAAAUAACACAUGCAACAAAAUCUUAAAAAUUAACAAGGCAUGGGAGUCGGUCGAGAAACUGCUAAGAACAAGACGGAGGAGAAACUCUGACAGAUCUCUUUUACAGACCCGAAGAUGAUCCCAGGCCAGAGUCUUUUCCUUCCUUGUUCCAGUGUCAUUUUUCUCAACUGAAUACCCAAUACACAAUGCCAAAAGCGAACGAAUGAAAUAAAAAUUGAGUUUGACUAAUUUCACACAACAUUUUCUUUCCACACAAAAGAAAACGUUAAACAUGGAAUUAAUUUUUUAAUUUUUAAGUUACAGUUAUUCUGCUUCUAAUUGUAAAUCUUGUGCAAUGAAAACAAUCAGAAUUUUUCUUUGAAUAUAAACUAAGCGAACAAAAAGAAACGAAACAGAAACCAAAACUGAUACAAGCAAACAAAAAAGGCAACAGCAAAAGCAAAAGCAAAAGCAGAGAAAAACAAAACAAUAAUUUGCAAGAAUAAAUAAUGGGAAAUAUGAUAAGUAACUAAACGAAAUCACACAACUUAGUCUAAGCCACACAGAUUACACAGACCGAGAAACUCGUAGCUGUAAUUAAAAUUCUAUCCAAAGAGCUGAAAGAAACAGAGAUACGAGUACAACCACAACAGAACAGCUAGCAAUAGUUUUAAGAGCAAACCAAACGAGUAUAUUGAGGAAUGGUUCCACUCGUAUUCGGAUUAUUUUUAUUUUUAUGACUUUGGGUUUUAGACAAUUUUGAAGCAAUUUUAUAUCGAAUUUUGUAUGCCAGCCAUUUUAUAGCUAUACAAUCUUUUGAUUAAACCUUUCCAUUUCAUUUUUAACGUUUAUUUUUUGGGAACAGUUUGAAUUUGUAUUUAUGAAUAAGGCUUAGCUUUUGAUAAACGAUAAAUGGGGUAACCAAAAUGUAUGUGGAAUGCAGAUUAGUGGAUUUUGAUGAAAGGUGAAAUUCGAUGUAUUUUUUGUUAGAUGCCUACCAGAUCAGCGGGAAUACAAAUAGAUCAGAGACAGAUAGACAGAUUUAGUGGGGAUUUUUGUUCGUCUUUUUUGAUAUGGAUAUACGUUUAUUUUGUAUGCUUUUCCAAGUGAACGUCAGUGAGAACAAUUAACGAUAGAUUUCAAUCCUACUCAUAAGAAUAUCUAUAAAUAGAGAACAUAGCAACAAGCUGCCAGCAUGAGAAAUAAAAACAAUAACUAAUUUUAAAUGUUUUAUACAUUUCCAUCAAUUGUGCUCAUUUAAAGAAAAGUCAGAAAAGCGGAAAUAAACUCAAAUAAAAUAAACCAGCUCUGGACAGAUUCGAUACAAGCAGCAGUCGAUACGGGAUUAUGUUCAACAUUCAAUUAGCUGAAGUUGAAGGAGCGUCUACACAUAAGCAAUUUUUAAACGAAAUGUCACCCAAGUAAAUAGAUUUAGAAAAUAGUGAGGCCCCACGAGGUGGAGGAACCUAAUCGAACAUAUUAUUCACAUCCAGACAACUGGUCAAGUUGGUUGGGAUUAAUACUCGUACUAAUACCUACAUUUCUAGGGCAUAAAAAGGACAGCGUUUUGGAAAGCGUUUCUUUCAUCAUACAUACAUACGAUACGGUACACAACACAUGCAUAUAUACAAUAUGUACAUGUAUGUUUAAAUGAUAUACAUAUGCAUAUGUGUGAGUGCAGACAUAUAUAUAUAUAUAUAUAUACUUCUUUUUUACACUGGCAAACAAGUAUAGAGUAUACAUACAUAUAGCAUAUAUACCUUGUAAUACAUAAUACAAGAAAAUAUUUGAAAGCAAAUGAAACUUUUUCCUACAACUAGUUGCAUUUAAAUGAAUUUUAAAAAAUAUACCUAAAAGUAUAUAUUUAUUAAAAAGAAAAGAAAAAUGAAACAAAACAAAAAUGAAACACAAAAACCAACUCUUUCUCUACUAAAAACCAAACCAACAAACAGAAAAAGAAAAGAAACUUUAAUAUAACAUUUAAUUAGACAUUUAAUAAGGGUUAUGUGAAAACAGAGUCAAGCGAGAAGAAUCGUAAACUAGUAAAUAUUUAAAUUAAAUUAAUUUUAAAAAGUGAAGAGCAAAACAAAAGAGAAGCGCUGAUUUUUUAUGUCGUUAUUAGUAUUUAAAUUUAAAUAAUUGCAUAUAAAGAAAACAGAAUAAAGAAUUAAAUGACAAAACCAAAAAUAUAAGAUAUAAUAAACAAAAAAUUAGAAGAAAAUUGACAAAUUGGUCAUUUUGACCUAGUAAAUUAUAGAAAAAAAAUAAAACCAAAAUUGAAAGUAAA